AAUUAAAUAAAGCAUAAGAACAAAGAGCGAUCAAUAUAACCCUGAAACGCGCGAUUUUUCGUAGCAUUCUGAAUAAAUAAAAUACUUCUAGACUUUCCCAUUCGGAAGGAAAAGAAAGUCUAGAAGGGCCAGAGAAGGUCCUUUACAGAUAUAGAGAGUAAGUACGCGAGGCAUCGAAAAGUCGCUUUUGCAUUAUAUGCAAAGCUGCGCACUCAAGGAUUAAAAAUCUCGCAGCUGAUUUUUCGUAUUUCGAAGAAGAGAUUCACAUAUCGGACCACCUCAAUCUCGUUAAGCGCGAAAGAUAGUCGACUAGCCGGCAAGACAAUAAUUCCCAGAGAAAAGCUGGCUGCGUGUAAAACACAUCGUUUCCGAUAAUUCGCCGCCAUUUUAAAAUGCGUAGUAGUACUCCGUUAAACUUUCGCGCGAGUGCGUAGUCGUAUCGCAGGACGACUGCGACUCGGCUGUCCUUGUGUCGUCAUCGACCGGUCGAUGAUUGUCGAACACAGGUCGCGUUGAUAUUUCGACAUCGACAGAUACAACAGAAGAACAGUCGCCUUCGAGGAGGGGUGGGCAAGAAAUAAUAACAGUUGUGUGGUGCGAGGUGCGAGCAAGUGUUGACGGGUAAACACGCGGCGGAGCGGCGGCGAGUAGCCAGUUUGAAACGAGGUUCACGCGUGUCGCGUCACGCAGUUGACCCCGUGUCCGCGUCGUCGUUUCGUCGAUCUCGUCGGAAAGUCGGAAUUUGCUCGGGAUCUUCGUCCUCGACUCCUCGCGCAAGGAUGUACACGUCCGUCGCGGAGAUGUCACGCGCGAAAGCGUCGAGCAGCAGGCUGUUGCCGUCGUGGUUCCGAGUCCCCGGCACGAAGCUGAGGAACGUGGUCUGCGUUCUCUGCAGGAGCAAGUUUUACGUGCCAGAUCUAUCGAAUCUCAAUGGGUUGAUAUUGAAAGGAACUCUGAUACCUUUGUUAUUGGAUUGUGGACAUCCAAUAUGCAAUAAAUGUAUCCACAGAGAAAGAGUUAAGACUUGUCCUGAGUGUAAAACUGAUCUGGAAAAUGGUUCCAAGCGCCUGCUUCCCUUGAAUUUAUAUACACUAGGACUGAUUGUUUCGUCCUACCAUCGUCCAUUGGAAAAUGAUGAUGAAGAGUUUCUAUUUUGUCACAAAUUAUCUACACAGUUACGUCAGAUAGCGAAGCAAGGAUGUUGCCAUGAAUGUGGGAAUCAAGCUAAUGUAAACUGUCCGCAAUGCAUGGUUCCUUAUUGUUACUGCUGCUAUUCAAAAAUUCAUGGAAGGGCAUUGCAGAAUCACACACAGAUCCCGAUACAUGAUGGGGGCCCUGGCAGUCCUUCCGAUAUGUUGAAUAGUUGUUCGCCAACAUGCUCCGAAAUGCUAGGCUAUUUUUGCAAUGACUGUUGUGUGGCCUGUUGUUCAAAUUGCACAUUGCUCUUACACAAACUGCACCAUUUCGUGCCAUUAUCAGAAAAGAACAAGACCCUGCUGCCCGAGUUCAACGAGACUUACAUGCAUAUCGAGGAAACGCUGCUGCGAGUUUGCCAGACAAAAGAGUACAGACCGAAAGAAAUAAAGGCUCCGUAA